UAUCCGGUCGAAAGGAGGCAUGAAUGAACACCCCGAUCGCCAGGAAUUUAAGUACAGUCUGCGCUCUUACAUCCUCGGAUUUAACGAAGGCGCCUUGUCAGACGAUGCGAAUGUUUCGAUCGAUGACACUCCCGACUUAGAACUGGAGAGUAAUUCACUCACAGGUAUUAUCUUUAACAAGAUUUCCUUGACGCCCGAUGCGCCCAGCGAAGAAUUUGCCGAUCAAGAGGAACACGAGCUGGAGUCCUUGGAGAACGACGGACUCGAGAAUCUUGCCGGUUACAUAUGUCAUAGGCUACAUAGCGUAGUGCCUGACAUAAGGGUGGAAGGUGACGAUGACAGCUUCACCUGGGUAAACCAACUAACCGAAGGUGGUGUAAAUAUUGGAAGGAGUUUAGUAUUUUCUUAGCUCUACAGCCGCAUUUAGGUGAGCAUUAAAAUGCCCCACAAUGAUUCCAAAAGUAAAACGCAAACGUUGAGUCUUAAAGUUGGAAUGUUUUAUUCGGCUCAUCGCCGUUCUUUUAUAUGCUUACAAUCUACCUUAUGAGUAAUCUAAUUUACAAACUUACAUUUCUAAGUUGUUAGUCAUGCUUAUGAUUCUACGUUGUUGUGCAUGCAUACAUAAAUGUAUAUGGGUUCAAUCGAGUUUAUGUUAUUGGAGAAGUGCAGCGCAAGCUAAAUUGAUUUGAGUACUUUGGCCUAGUUAUUGCCAAAAGUAUAUUGAACUUUUUACUUAAUAUUGU